AUGGCUCAUGGUUGUUUCUUGCACUCCUCUGUCAUCGUUUCUGCCGCCCCUUCUCCAGGCACCUUGGGCGGCACGGUUCGUCUUAUCUUUCAGCCAGCAGAGGAAGGGGGGGCAGGGGGAAAGCGGAUGGUGGAUGGGGGGGCUCUCAAGGGCGCGUCUGCUGCCUUCGCGCUGCACGUAUCACCCAAGAUCCCAGCAGGCUAUGUGGGCAGUCGGCCCGGGAUGCUGCUAGCAGGGUCGGGGCGUUUCAACGCCACAGUGUGGGGCAAAGGGGGCCAUGCGGCCAUGCCUCAGUUCGCAGCAGACCCGAUCCUCGCUGCUGCUCACAUCGUGUCCAGCUUCCAGGCCAAAGUGGUCUCAGUGACUCAGUUCAACGGCGGCUCGGCUGUUAAUGUCAUCCCCGAUACAGUCACACUGCGGGGCACCUAUAGGGCCACCACUAAGGACGGGCUCGCUGACCCUGAUUUCCACGGCGGCUCGGCUGAUAAUGUCAUCCCCGAUACAGUCACGCUGCGGGGCACCUACAGAGCCACCACUAAAGACGGGCUCGCUGACCUGGAACGGCGCAUUGCUGACAUCAUCGACACGCAGGCGCGCGUGUUUGGAUGCCGGGGAGAGGUGGAUUAUGGGAUGAUGGAUGCUAAUCUGCAAGCUGAUGCUGGUGCUGAUGGUGGUGGUGGUGAUGAAGCGACGAAGGCAGCAGAAUCAGAAUCAGAAGGAGCAGCUCUGCCCACUGGUGUGGCGCUGCACGUGGUGUUCGUGCAGCAGUACUUGUCCCAGGGGCGGGCAGAGGCUUAG